GGCCGAGGGAGUUGCACGGCCGUGCACAUAGCACAUUUGGCCGUGCAACUUGGUGCGAGAGCGCGCACGGCCUGGCCGAGGGAGUUGCACGGCCGUGCACAUAGCACUUUUGGCCGUGCAACUUGGUGCGAGAGCGCGCACGGCCAGGCCAGCCAAGGCGCACGGCCGUGCAAGCUGAUUUUCUGGCCGUGCACCUUGCUGGGGUCCCGAAAUCAACCUGUUUUC